AUGGCCCCCUCCAAACCAAGCGGCAACAAAGGCGCCUCCAAAGGCAAAGGCAAAUCUGCUUCCGACGAUGCCGACGGGCCCAGCAGCGGAGGAGAGCUCAAGGUCGCCAACUCGCUCAAACUGCGACACAUCCUGUGCGAGAAGCAGACCAAAUCGCUCGAGGCGUUGGCCAAGAUCAAGGCGGGGACCUCGUUCGAUGCGGUUGCGACGGCUUAUUCGGAGGACAAGGCUAGGCAUGGAGGGUCAUUAGGGUCAGUUGUUCGAGGGGGUUGCAGGCUGCAAGGGCUGGGUAACGCAGUGGGAGGAGCUGACAGCGGUCGGAUGAACGUGUUCUACAGGUGGAUGACACGAGCUCAAAUGGUGGGCGCUUUCCAGGAUGUGUGCUUUACGAUUCCGGGUGAGUCUACUCGGCGUAGAGCUAGAUUGUGAGGUGCUGCAAGGCAGGAAGAAGCUUUUGCCAUAGCUGCGUACUGCCGUCCUCCGGUGGCAGCUCAUGGCAGCUGCUCAUGUCGAAGAAUGUUGUAUCUUGUGAUUCCAGUCUCGACAUGUGCCUCACCGAUAUACCGAGAAAUCAAGACCAAGCACGGCUAUCAGUCAGUCUCUUCUCCCAGGCGGUCACCAAUCGUUCAAGAACUUGCAGUGGUCUCGACUCGGCUGACCCACCCUCGGUAAAUUUGGUGUCUGGUACAAUCCAAUCACAGUAUCGUAAUGGUGGAGGGAAGGAAAUAG